AUGGCUCGUCUUGCUCUGAUGGUUGAGGUGCUGGAGAUGGCUCAUCUAAUGGGCAUGGCUCAUCCUGCUCCGAUAGUGGAGAUUGGGGAGGUGCUGGGGAUGGUACUGUGGAUGGCUCAUCUAGUGGACAUGGCUCAUCUUGUUCCGAUGGUUGAGGUGCUGGAGAUGGCUCAUCUAGCGGGCAUGGCUCCUCUUGCUGUUCCACUUUCAAUGGUGCCGAGACAG